AUGGUUCAUUCACACAAGUCUCGGCGUCCAAGAAGGAAGUUCAUCACCAGUGACAGUGAUGAUGAUGACAAUGAUUACACUGACAAGGAUUACUCAGUGGAAGAAGAAUCAAAUCAGCUUGUCCUUUAUGAACCGCGGACCACCACACGUCGCAUGCAAAGGGAAGUUCAGUUUGCCGAGCCCAUAUAUCACCCUACUCCAUUGCAACAAAGACCCCCGAAGGCAAAAUAUGGACACUCCAAAGUUUUGCCAUCUAUUGGUGCUUAUACUGUGCAGUGCGCUGACUGCUUCAAAUGGAGGAUCGUUCCAACAAAGGAGAAAUAUGAAGAGCUGCGUGAGACUAUUUCUCAGCAACUUUUUGUGUGUGCAAGGGCUUGUGAAUGGAACCGUCCUUUAUCAUGUAAUGACCCCGAAGAUAUGUCACAGGAUGAAAACCAUGUGUGGGCACUUGACAAGCCAGAGAUUCCCCAACCUCCUCCUGGCUGGGAUAGGGAUGUCAGAAUCAGGGCGGAGGGAUGCAGCAAGUUUGCAGAUGUGUAUUACACUUCCCCGUCUGGGACAACGCUGAGGUCAAUGGUUGAAAUUGGGAGGUACCUGGCAGAGAAUCCAUACUACAUUCAACAAGGGGUUAAUUUAUCUCAGUUUUCGAUGCUUACCCCUCAACCUCUGCAACAAGACUACAUCAGGAAGCGUAAAUAUCCAGCAAAUCGUCACUUGCCAGAGCCUCUUGAGCCAUUUGAAGUGAGUCCGCUGGCAUCUGCUCCACCCCCUACUCGAAGAGAGUUGCUUCGAAUGGGCACUUCAGCUUCAAACCCUGUCGACCUCGACGAGUCUGAGGUGUACGACGCACCACCUCUGCGCACCAAGAAGAGAACUCCAAGGCAAGCGUCGCCGUCAUCAAGUGAGCACACCAGGAGUACCGUGACAACAGCAUCAUCGUCAGGAGAGCCCAAGAAGAGAAGCCUGAAACAAGUGUCAUCGUCAAGGCGCCGACCAACACCUCCACCCAGCUGGCCGCACAGCGGUCAUCAACCUCAAGGGUCCUUGAGCGACAUCGAGCACGUGGAGCUGUGA